CGGCUUCGUCGUUUUUUGCCCAGCCGUCGCAUCCGUCGAACCGUUGGUUCCCAUCGUUCCCAUGGCAUACGCCAAGAGCGACCUCACGAAGCUGCACCGGUCCCAGAAACGGGGCAGUUACGACAAGCAGUUGGUCCAUGAGAUUUUGGAUCAAGGGGUGGUCGCACACGUGGCCUACGUGGAUGGAGAGGGAAAUGUGAAGAUCAGCCCCAUGAUCUACGGCCGGCAAGAAGAUUUCUUGUAUCUCCACGGGCACGUGAGUGCGGGCGUCUUGCGAAAUGGAAGCAUUGACCUUUGCUUUUGCAUGACCCUGGAAGACGGCUUGGUUUUGGCACGUUCAGGCAUGCACUCGAGUGUGAACUAUCGCUGUGUGAUGGUUCAUGGAAAAGCUGAAGAAGUCGCGGAUCCCACGGCGAAGUGGUCCUCCCUGGACCUCAUCGUGGACCACGCGGCGGGGCCCUCGCCGGGCUUCUCGCAGACGGUGCAGCGGCCGAUGACGGAGGCGGAGGUGGCGUCCACGAGGGUCUUGCGUUUGGAGAUGAAGGACGGCUGUGUGAGCGCCAAGACGCGUGCGGAAGGUGCCAACGAUGACAAGGAGGACAUCGAGAAUCCCAAGCUCUGGGCCGGCAUCGUCCCCAUCACCCGCGUCUAUGGUCCUGCGGUGAACGACCCGAGCCUACGCUUCCACGUGCUACCACCGGAGGCCGUGAGGAACUACCCCAAGCACCGUUCCGGACUUCCACAUUGCGUGGAGAAGCGUUCCGGCGAUCAUCGUCCUUACAUCGCCCUGGCCCUGACCUUUGGGGCUGGCCUGCUGGUGGGCGCGUGGAUGUCGAAACGAUGAGCACCAAUGACAUGGCACAUGGCGCCUGUCCCCCCAAAAAACGGGGAAGGUGCUUGAAAAAUGCCAUGUUGAUGGGGAAAAUGAUGAUAUACCAUGAGAUUUUGGAGUAGCCUAUUUUCAGACCCUUCAGUGGGUAUGGUCAAAAGACCUAUGAACCCACAGAUGGACUGGUGAUGAGUGUAAAACCAACCCAUCCUGUCUUUUGGGAUGCCCGAACCCCCCAGGAUUUGAGGGCUCCGAAACCAAACCAUCAGCUGGUUUUAAAGCCACCAAGUUACACAGGCUGCUCAGCAGUUGUGCUCAGUUGGAUUCUGUGUGUACAGUGUACAGAUUGGUCUUGGCCAAUUGUGGCCCUUCUGUCCUGACGGUUUGAACACUUUUGCUGCUGAGAUGGUUUGCAUGUCGGCAGGUUGAAAGAAAAACAC